CCCCAAACUCUCUUUUUCCUGACUUUUCCUUGAAUCCUCUUCCCUCCUCCUCUUCUCUUCUCCUUCUCUCUCUCUUCUCUCAACUACCGUUCUCUGCUUCUUCUUCUGUUCCCAAAGUCGGUAACUUUAUUUCGCGGGUUCGUUCGUUGAGUUUGUAGCAACAUGACAAUGGAAGACACGACAUUUACCAAGGUGUUCGUUGGAGGAUUAGCUUGGGAAACACACAAACUCUCUCUCGGGAACUACUUUGAACAGUUUGGGGACAUUGUUGAAGCUGUUGUCAUCACUGAUAAAUCUAGUGGCAGAUCUAAAGGCUACGGCUUUGUGACUUUUUGUGAUCCGGAAGCAGCUCAGAAAGCUUGUGUAGAUCCAGCUCCUGUUAUUGAUGGGAGAAGAGCUAAUUGUAAUCUUGCUGCUUUUGGUGUUCAGAGAUCCAAACCUUCUUCUCCUGUUCAUGUAGGACAUGCAGGAGGAAGAGGCGGUCUGAAGGUGACUAGCCCUUUCAAGACACACUUUGGAGCAGCGGCUACUGCUAUGCCUUCGCCACUUCCAUUCUCUCACUACACACUUCCUUACACUAAUCCUUUUGGGUUCUCUUCAUACACAAUGGACUACAAUUACCCCACGAGAUACUACAAUGUGUAUGGAGGGGCAACUGCUCAGCAUCCAAUGUAUAGCAGCGGACCAAUGACUGGUGUAGCAGCAGCAGCAGCAGGGUUUUACCCAUAUCUCCAAUUUGCUGAAGGAAAUGGACCAGUCACUGGUUAUGCCCCUCUUCACUACCCCAACCACAUGUUUCAUUAUUCUGCUCUUGCCUCCUCUACGGGUGGAAACUAUCCACACCACAAUGGUACACCAGUGUCUCUUGCACCUUCACCAGUCAUACCAUCAGUGUGCUUUGCAGUUCCACAGGCUUGACCAUGAAGGCUCAUGGUUUCAACUCUGAUUCCAUUGAUGCUAUGUAGAGGCCAGUUCAUUUUAAAUCCUUAAGUCAAUCUCUGUUUACUAAUUUUUAUCCACAUGCCUCUGAAGUCCCACAAGACCUGUGGCCUAACCAUGGUUGCCCUUUUCCCCUUUAUGCUUCUAACCCAUUAGACAAAGAGCCUUUAAUUUGGAGUUUGGGCGACUUUGAAAGUUCUAGUUAAGUCUCACAUAGGGGUUUUAACUUGGACCAUUGUCAUACGCAUUACUCAUCUUUUCAUUUUAUUCAUUGCAUUACGUGCUUCUGAACGAAGUUUCGUUCAAGAUAGCCUGUUCGAGCUUUAGAAGUAAAGAGUUACCAUAUGUCUUGCACAGUGCCUCAGAAAGGCAAAGCAAUUUUGUAGAAAAACAUAAAAAGCUUAGGAUUGGCUGAUCAACAUGAAAGGAAAUAAGGAUUUACCAGGAAAAGGCACAAUGUCACCACCUGGAAGUGUUUGAAGUAGUGUGUGCAAAGGUGUUCCCACUACUUUUACGCUAAAUCCAUUUUAAUGUGCAGUCUUAGGAUUAUUAGAUCUAGGACCAUGUAGUUACAAAGUCUUAUCGUAGAUUGCUAGAACAUAAAUUUCUCUGACAUCAAGAAAGGCUAAAGGAAACAGCCUCACUAACUUCCUUUUGAGGAUAUAAGGAAGUAGUUGGUGUUUGCUAACCCAUGUAUAUUCUCGGUGGCUAAGCAUUGGAGUUAUAGCCACACUUAGAUUAAGAUCAUUUUUAAGAUUCAAGAUAUAGAUUGCUCUCAUCAUAUUUUCAACCAACCCCCACAUAUGGAUUGUGGGGGGGUCCUUGCAUUUGCAUGUUUUGCCUCUUGGGAGAUAUUUUGGUUCCCUUUAGGUUCUUCUCUUUAACGUCAACCAAACCAGUUGAUCAACCAUGGUUAGGAUUUCAGGUGAGAGGUAUUUAUCACCUCCUUAUCUCUCCUUUACUCUUUCCUCUGUUUAUUCAAGAACAAAAAAAAAACCCCUCUCUAGACUCUUUUUAUGUGCGUUUGUUAUCUUGUAAGCUUGUGUUUCUGAUUCUAUGUAAGAAAACAAAACCUUUCAUUUUCCAUCCACGGUGGUUUGGAAAAUGAAAAUGUGAUUGCAAUAUUUUACUUCUAUCUGAUAUAAACCUCCCUCA